AUGGUUGAUUUUCAAGGCCAAAGCUUUAUUUUCUGGACAUCAGCAGCACUGUUAACACUUAGUGUUCCAAUUGCAAUUAUUUAUGCGUUCAUCGUUGAUAAUUACUUAAAAGGCUUGAUGGUCAUUGUUUAUCUAAGUGCAGGGUUAUUCAUAGCGUUUGUACCAAAUUGGCCAUGGCUUAACAGGAACAAGCCAAACUGGCAACCAGAUACCGCAUAUAAAGACCCAGCACAAGAAAAUAAAAAGAAAGAUCUAAAUAAAAGAAGAAAAAAUUAA